CGUCAAGUCAAGUAGGUAUUUUCACCCCACAAAAAUAAACACACGUCAGAGCUGUCAAAAUCUGUUGUGUCAUGUCUUCGUAGUAUUUUUGUAGCGGUGAAGAUAUAAUCAGAAAAGUGUAAAAAAAGAAGUAAAUAGAAACGGGAAGUUGAUAUCUGCGCUGAAAAACUGGACUGAUAACGAACCACCAUGCACUGGUACGGUGGUAGCAUAGCCGAGGCCGUGGCUCUCUCAAAAAAAAGAAAUGCAAUUUUUGUUGUUUUCAUUGCAGAUGACAAGGAGCCCUCACUGGAGUUAGCGGCUACAUUGGAUGACAGCGCUGUGCUGAAGAGGCUGACAGAUGAAAGCAACUUCCUGUCUAUAAAGCUGAUGAGUGACUCGGAGAAUUAUACCUUCUUUGCACAAAUUUACCAAUUUGUACCAGUGCCAUCUCUAUUCUUCAUUGGGCGCAAUGGCACACCUCUGGAGGUAGUGUGUCCAGGGGUUAACUCUGAACAGUUGGCAACAAGAAUUGAUCGCAUAUUAGAGGAACAUCGCCAAGAGCACAAACCUGGCUCGGUUCAACCAUCAACAUCAUCUCGGAAUAUAAAAGAUGAAACUGUUAAUUUCAUGCAAACUGAAGCAGCUGCAUUGACAUCACAAUCUCAGCCCAAACCAGAUUCCACAGUGACCCCAGCAGUGAUUGCCCCCAGUGCACCACAAUCUGCUCCCAGUGCACCACAAUCUGCUCCCAGUGCACCACAACCUGCUCCCAGUGCACCACAACCCGCGCCCAGUGUACCACAAACUGCAACUAAAAAUCCAGCUAAUGAUGAUGAACCAGAAACGUCAGGACCAGCAGCGAAGGUACAGAAGACGGAGCACCCCUCCGCGAGUGGCUCGGGCCAGGAGUAUGACGUCAUCUGCGACGGUGACGUGUGCGUGCGCCGCCCCAGGACCGAACAGCCGGGGCCCAGCCAGCCCGCGCCCGACUCUGCACCAGUGACUGAAAAUGAAAGUCCAUCUGCUGAUGACAAAAUGGAUAAAGUUCAAGAGAUUUUAUUGGCGAGAAGGCGGGAGAAGGAAGAAAAGGAAAAGGAGUUGGAAAAGCAGAAAGAGAUAGAACGUCGUGCCGUCGGCCAGGGUGUCGCGGAGCUAAAGAGGUGGCAGGCCGACCAGGAGCUGAAGCAAAUUCAGGAGGAAAGAAAACGCGAGAAGAUGGAAAACAAUCUGGCAAGACAACGUAUUUUGGAGCAGAUCGCUCAAGACAGGGCGGAGAGGAAGGCAAGAGAGGCGCCGCCGCCCGCCCCCGCGCAAAUCACCCCUCCUACAAGCGUUGGCGACAGUACGGGGCGCGCGCGCGUGCAGUUCAAGAUGGCGGACGGCGCGGCGCACACGGCGCACUUCGACGUCACCGCCACGCUGGGCGACGUGCAGAGAUACGUCUCCGACAACUUGCAGAUGAGCCGCUCGUCGUUCACGCUGUGGACGGCGUUCCCGCGGCGCGAGCUGACGGACGAGGCGGCGACGCUGCAGCACAUGCAGCUGGUGCCGUCCGCCGCGCUGCUCGUGCUGCCGCGCCGCGCCGCCGACGCCGUGGCCGCGCCGUCCACCACCUUCGCCAACAUUAUUACGUUCAUCACCCAGAUAUUCACCACAAUAGUCUUGGAUCCGUCGUACCAGCUCUACUCCUGGCUGCAAGGCCUCUUGUUCCCCGCACCCGCGAACAGGCCGGUGACCCCUAACCCCCCCACAAACCCGCCUGCGAACCCCCCAAACGAGCCCGCCAACCCUGCGGGAAUCAGAAGAAGGGGUAACGUACACAGGGUGACAGCUGACAGGCCGGACGAUGAUGACAACAACACCUGGAAUGGCAAUUCAACACAGCAGAUGUAAAUACUGUGCUGCCAGUGGAGAAAAUUAAAUAAUUGUACCAACUUAAUAAUGUAUAGGCUAGAUAAUAAAAUAUUCCUACACCAAUAUUGUAUUUUGUUUACAUAAGUAUUUGUUUUUUUUUAUAUUGACCUUGGCUUUUAGAAAACAUAGCAUGAUUAAUGAUAAAUGGUGUGCAAAAAAAUCAUGUAUUUAUUUCUAUUUCGACGUUUCUUUUAUUUUAUUUUAAAAAAUACGAUACGAGUAUUUAAAAAACAAAUUAUUUUAAAUUAAAAAUUAACUAAAAAUGCUCUAAGGUAAAGCAUGUUAAACUAUUGUUUAUUUUCGUUUCUUUUCUUUUACAAUGGUUAAAAUUAAUGAAUAAUAAAUAUAAAUUAGUAAUGAUAUCAUAGUGAAAAUACUGAGUAUGCUGUGAUAAAAUUAUUUUAAUAAUAUUGUAUGAAUUAAAGUAUGAUUAAAUAUUAUUUGUGUACUUUUUUAUAUCUGUUUUUUAUAGUAGGUACUAGCGGCCUGUAAGUUAAACUAUGCGCAACACAUUUUUGGGUGUAAGCGAAAUACGGAAAGAGGUUGACGCCAUUAAUCUAUACUAAUAUUAUAAAGCUGAAGAGUUUGUUUGUUUGAUUGAUUGAACGCGCUAAUCUCAGGACUACUGGUCCGAUUUUAAAAUUCUUUCAGUGUUACAUAGCCCAUUUAUCGAGGAAGGCUAUAGGCUAUAUUAUCCCCGUAUUCCUAGGCGACGGGAACCACGCGGGUAAAACCGCGUGACGUCAGCUAGUUAAUAAUAAUUUGACGUUAAUGUACUGGCCAACCCAUGGAGCACACGUCUACGUUAAUUUAAAAGUAUCAACUGCUUAAUAUUAUGUUGUUGGCAUUCUUUUCUUACUUCGACUUCCAGUUUUCUAGAAUAGUUAUAAACUUUUAGGUUUCUUGUUGUGAAUUAUUUAUAUAAAUUGAAUAAAUGAUUAAAAUAAAUAAAGUUAUUUGUAUGAAAUAA